GUUUGCAUUGACCUUCACCGUGAUACCAUGGCAAUGCUUGGCAGCAAGCCACGUGGUGAUCCCCUGGUGGUCACGGAGUGGGAGGUAUCCUUCGGCCAACGGAUGGCACCUGACGUGAAUGGCGAGUGAUUUGGUCAGAAAGAUUCGCCUUGAGGAUGUGCCUGAAUUUAUCAAAUUGCAGGAUGAGUUUGUGGUGGAACAUCAUAAGUUCACGCAGAAGCUGUAUGGGAAGGUUAGUAUCGUAGACUGGCAGCACUGCCUGCUUUGUCCCGAAAGGAUCAUGAAGACGCCUGGAGGCAGAGAGAAGCAGAUCAUCGAGAUGGUGAAGCAGGAAAAUGCAGCCUUUCGAAACCUGCACGUUCUGGUGGUGGCAGAUGGAGACCCUGCAGUUCAGGUGGGCUACAUAAUGUUCCACGUCCACAAGAGCAAGAGGAGUCGCCUGGAGAAUGGACAUUCAAACCCACCUCAUGUGCAGGUGAAGCAGCUCUUUGUGCGUUCCAGCCACCGUCGUCAGGGCUUGGGAGGUCUACUGCUUGAUGGCAUGAAGAAGGUGGCUCCUGGCCCUGAGACCGAAGACUUGCGUUUGAGCGUCUUGGAUCUGAACGAGAUGGCUUUCACUUGGUAUCGUUCCCGUGGCUUCGUGCUGACUGGAGUUGUCUGGGAAUACCUCGGACCUCAAGACAAUGCACAUUUGGUCGCAUACCAGGUGAUGCAAAGACUCACCAGAAAUUCACCUGGGUCUGUGAAGAGUGAUAAAGCCAUCCUCUUCCGCUCAGAAAUUAUUGGAGAGAUCGUUAGCAUCAAGUAUCCAGAUGGAUCUGGACCGUUUUAUGUCACAAUAAGAGGGUGGCAGGAGUCUGAAAAGAUGCACAUGGUGGAUUCCAGAAAUUUAUCUUCUUGGGAUGGUGCGCCUUUCACAGACCUCAUCGACUUCAACGAAGCUUUUACAAGUGGUCGAGCCUCCUUUCACAGGGAGCUGUCUCUAGUUAUGCGGGAUGUCGAGAUGACAAAGCUACUCGCAAAAGAGGCCAAAGAGAAGCUCCUCAAUGCAGAUCUUAAGCGGAGAAAACAGGAGUCCCCCCAGGGAAAGAAACGGCGCAAAGAUCGAGCGGAGUCUUGAGCUUUGUGCAAGUUGGCACUCCUGGC